AUGGAAUCACCACCAAUUCCCCGAGCCCGCGGCAACGACAGCAGGCAACCACCAUCCUCCAACCCCGCGAGACCACCAGUCAGCCCCGCCCACGCCGGCAACAUGGGCUCUCCGUCUCCCUCGCAGUCGACAUCAGCCUCGCGCCGCGACUUCCUCGACAUCGUCCGCCGCGGCGUCGACGGGCACAACCUCGGGCCGCGAGAGGCGGAAUUCGUCGAGGAAUACAUCCGGCGGCACCCCAGCCAGGACGCGGCCUCGUCGGGCGGACCGCCGCUCUCGCCGUCGGCGGUGACGCUGUCGCAGUACGGGAAUCUGCCCAGCCAGGUUGGCGAUGUGCCGCAGCACCUCGUCGAGCGGAAGAUGAGGGAGACGUGGGACGAGUUCCGGUCGCAGGCUGUACGCGAGGCUGCGAGGGAGGUUGAGGCGGAGGCGGAGGCGGCGCGGUUGCGGGAGGAUGCCAAGGCUAAAGCCAGUGAUGCCGUCACUGCCCAGCUCAAGGCUGAUCUUACCCAAGCUAUUGACCGGUACCAUGCCGCGCUUCAGGAGACGGUGGAUUGGGACAAGGAGAUCAAGCGGCUAAUGAGUGAGCUCAUGCUGCACGCUGUUUCUCAGUGA